AUGUCAUCUGAUACCAUAACCUCGUCGGACCCUGUGGCCCCGAACUACAAACCCUAUCCCCUGCCACUGAAAAACCUUGACAACAAGCAGAUAUUCUCGGGACCCGAUGUCCUGCAAAAAAUGUGUAGCAUGCUUAACAAUAUAGUCAAAGAUGACCCUAUACUGACGGCCUUUUUUGACCGGGUUGGGUACCACCUUCGACGAUAUGUUGGCACUCUGCCAAUCCAUCAGCAAAACUGGUUUCCAUGCUUCACAACAUUGGUCGAUUUAUUUGCGCAGCAUGAAAAGAGCCAUGCCUGUCCAGCGUUGAAGUUUUCGCUCCUUUGCACAACCCAGAUCGCGCAGUAUAUGAGGUAUUAUGGUCAGGCUUCAAGGCCCUUCCCUACCACGGACAGCACCUAUCUUGUUGGCGCUUGUACAGGCUCCUUCGCUGCUUCGGCCAUCAGCAUCUCGCCCACGCCUUCGGAGUUGCUCCCCGUUGCCGUAGAGUCCGUUCUGGUGGCAUUGAAGACUGCAAUGCUUGCUUUGAUAGUCCGCGAGGACUUGUGUAUCCCUGAUGAGGACCAGAAGGCGUGGUGCGCCGUCGUUGGGAUCGAGAAAGCCGUAGCGGAGGAUCUUAUAGAGAAGUUCAACACCGAAAAGCAUCUUCCCCGUGUGUAUCAGCUGUAUAUCAGUUCCCUCAGCACCGGCAGCGUCUCCAUAAGUGGACCACCUGGACUCUUACCUCAGUUUCUCAUGUCAUCGGCAUUAAAACACUCACUAUUGCCCAUUGAGUUGCCAUACCACGCCCCGCACCUGUUUCCUAGCCAAGACAUUAUCGGGGAAUUACAUGAUCCUUCACUGUAUGAGCAGGUGCAGCGCGUCAAAAUCAUAUCUGCCGCGUCGGGGGAGGUCCAUACCUCCUUCACCUUUGAAGAUCUUCUUCGCCGUGCGGUUGCAGAGACAUUGACCAGGCCCCUACAAUGCAACCUUGUAGUCGACUGCUUAGCUACAGAACUAGCCCACCAUGCUUUCACAAGUUGCAAAAUUUGGCAUAUCUCAUACCGCGGCUCUUUCAUCUCAAACGCUCUAUCCCAGAUCUCCCCUGGCCUAACAGUUGUCACAGACUUUUCGAUCGAAAACCCAGCAAUAAUCACGACUCCCACAUCAGGAAAUUUUUCCCAUUCCAAAAUUGCGGUAAUAGGGUACUCAGGCCGGUUCCCCGAUGCUGCCUCAAAUGAAGAAUUCUGGGACCUCCUGCUCGCAGGUCGGGAUGUACAUCGCACCAUUCCACCGGAUAGAUUCAACUGGGAACGGCACUACGAUGCGACCGGAAAAACGAAGAACACAAGCCGUAUCAAAUAUGGCUGCUUCAUCAAGGAGCCGGGUGUUUUUGAUGCCAGAUUUUUCAAUAUGUCUCCCAGAGAAGCAGAAAACACCGACCCCGCUCAACGGUUAGGUAUUAUGUCAGCUUAUGAAGCUAUUGAAAUGGCCGGUUUAGUUCCAAACUCUACCGCAAGUACGCAGCAAGACCGUAUUGGCGUGUUUUAUGGCGUGACCAGUGAUGACUGGAGAGAGGUAAACAGUGGCCAGAAUGUUGAUACAUAUUUUAUCCCGGGGGGGAAUAGGGCAUUCAUUCCGGGUCGGAUGAGUUACUUUUUUCGAUUCUGUGGUCCGAGCUUGAGUAUUGACACGGCAUGCUCGUCGAGUUUUGCAGCAAUUCAGACAGCUUGUGCUUAUCUCUGGCGGGGAGAAUGCGAUACUGCUCUGGCUGGUGGCGUGAAUGUCUUGACUAACCCAGAUAACUUUUGUGGACUGGAUCGUGGGCAUUUUCUUACCGCAAAGGGUAACUGUAACGCCUUCGACGAUGCUGCAGACGGGUACUGCCGGUCCGACUCCAUUGGUAGCGUCCUCCUGAAACGACUUGAAGACGCACUGUACGACAAUGAUCCUAUCUUUGGCGUUAUCCGCGGUGCAUAUACAAAUCACUGCGGUAGGACUGAUUCUAUCACACGCCCAUUUGAGGGAGAUCAAGUUGCUGUGUUCAAUCGUAUUACUCGAUAUUCCGGAAUAGAUCCCCUGGAUGUAGGGUAUGUUGAGAUGCAUGGUACAGGCACACAGGCCGGAGAUGCCACGGAGAUGAAGUCGGUGCUGUCGGUGUUUGCGCCAGAGUCUAAAAGGAAUCUUCCACUUCAUUUAGGCACUGCAAAGGCAAAUAUUGGGCAUGCAGAAUCAGCAAGCGGUGUGGCUUCUAUGGUCAAGGUUUUAAUGAUGUUGAAACACAGUACCAUCCCACCCCAUUGUGGGAUUAAAACGAAAAUCAACCACACAUAUCCGGAUGACCUACUAGACAGGAACAUUCAUAUUAUAUUUCAACCAAAGGAGUGGAAACGAGAUCCGGGCAAGAAACGUUUGGCUUUUCUGAACAAUUUCAGUGCUGCCGGUGGGAACACCGCAGUGCUGUUGGAGGACGCACCAGAGAAGCUCAGGUCAGAUGUACCGGAUCCACGGACUCGAUAUACUGUUGCCGUCACAGCAAAGACAGUCAAGUCUCUCGAAAGAAAUAUAAAGAAUCUGGUUCAGUAUCUGACAGACAAUCCUGAUACAUCGUUGUCAUCCCUGUCGUAUACCACCACAGCCAGACGUAUGCACCAGACUUACCGAGUCAUUGUGUCCGGAGCGGAUAUUUGCUCCAUCCAAAAUAACCUCGAAAAGAAUCUAACCAAAACACAUAAGGAGGCUAGUAACCGACCAGUUGUCAUGGUGUUCAGCGGCCAGGGCACCCUCUACUCUGGCAUGGGAAAACAGCUAUUUGAUGCAAUCCCGCCUUUCAGGGACAAUCUCCUGCGAUUCAAUAGCAUUGCCGAAAGACAGGGGUUCCCAGGUUUCCUUUCCCUCAUAUAUGGAUCCACAGAGGAUAAUGUCGAUCAAAUGAGGGACCACCUUGCCUUGGUUUGCCUCCAAAUGGCUCUGUACACUUUUUGGACAUCCCUAGGAGUCAAACCCAUUGCCACCAUUGGACACAGUCUAGGCGAAUAUCCAGCGAUGUAUGCUUCCGGAGUUCUUUCCGCUGCGGACGUAAUAUACCUUGUCGGUAAACGAGCUGAACUACUGGCCGAGAAAGUUAGGCCCAGGACGCAUGGUAUGUUGGCUGUGAGGGACUCAAUCGUCAACAUCCAAGGAGAGUUGGACAGCGCCUGCGCUGUUGCCUGUUUCAAUCAACCCAACAAUAACGUUAUUAGCGGACCAAUUCGCCAGUUAUCUUCUCUAAAGGAGAGAUUGGCAGUCCGCGGAAUCGGAUGCACCAUGCUAGACGUGCCUUUCGCAUUUCACUCGGCGCAGGUUGAUACCAUACUCGAGGAUUUUAAAACCAUGGCCCAAAAUAUACGCUACCGUGCCCCACAGAUCACCUACAUCUCGCCUUUACUAGAUGCAGCUGUCCCGGCAGGUGAUGGCCAUACCCUGACAGCGGAGUACCUGACCAAGGCAUGUCGACGACCUGUGAAUUUCCAGGGUGCAAUCGAGGCAGUACAAGCAACAAACCUGAUAAGUUCAAAAACCAUGUGGUUAGAAAUAGGAUCUCAUCCGGUUUGCUCUGGCAUGGUCAAAGGAAUCCUAGGCCAGGACGCAACCACCGUCGCAUCACUGCGUAAGAAUGUCGAUACAUGGGAGGUGCUGACCGCAGGGCUAGAACAACUGUUUUUAAACGGCCUAGAUAUCAACUGGACAGAGUAUCAUCGUCCAUGGAUGACCCAGCAGGAGGUUCUUCCACUCCCAUUAUAUUCAUGGGACUUGAAAAAUUAUUGGAUCCAGUAUCAGAAUGAUUUCUGUCUUACGAAAGGCGAAUGUCGGGCUCCUGCCAAAGACAGCCAAACUUCCCUUUUCCUGUCCCCUUCUGUUCAGCAGAUCCUGAAGCAGGAGCAUGGAACUACGACUUCCACAUUGUCGGCUGUGUCUGACAUUAACGAUCCAAGUCUAUCGCCAAUUUUGAAGGGGCAUGUUGUGCACGGAGCUGUUCUUUGUCCGUCGUCCCUUUACGCCGACGUGGCCCUCACAAUCGCUACAUAUAUGAUCCAAGAGUCGAAUAUGUCAUACGAAUCUGUUGGUCUUGACGUAGCAGAUAUGCAAGUACAGAAUCCACUGGUUUCACAGGGCAAAUCUGCAAAUCUAUAUCACGUCUCUGCCACUGCAGAUUGGACCGCCAACCUCAUUUCCUUCCGCCUGUUCAGUGGUCCCGAAGGCAAUACAACAGAACAUGCUACAUUUUCCGUCCGGAUUACACCGCGACAGACUUGGCUUGCUGACUGGAAACGAAACACAUACUUAAUUCUCUCGCGAAUUGCGUCCCUUCGGGCCAGCACACUUCAUGGCAACGCACAUGUUCUAAAAAAACGUCUAGCGUACCAACUCUUCGCAACAACGGUUGAAUACGGUUCGGACUACCAGGGCAUGCAAGAAGUCGUUCUCGACUCAGAUGAACAUGAAGCUACAGCGACGGUAUGUUUCCAGACUGACGAGAACGGGUUCACUUUCAACCCUUGCUGGAUAGAUAGUCUGGGUCAUAUCGCUGGGCUUAAUAUGAACAGCGAUAUUUCUCCAGGCAACACACAGGUGUUUGUUAAUCAGGGAUGGCAUCGUAUGCGUUGUGCAGUGCCCCUAACUCGGGGGAAGACAUAUCAAGUAUACAACCGGAUGCAAUUAGAGGAAGGGUCGACAUACCUUGGCGACACAUAUAUCCUGGAAGGUGAUACUGUUGUUGCUUUAUACGAAGGAGUUCAGUUCCAAGGAGUUCCUCGACGACUGCUUGAUCGGUUGCUCUCCGGUCCCAAAGCCGCCGGCCAAAAAGUGCCGCAAACAAAUGAGGCCAUCCCGAGACAGCCGCAAGCAAAUUCCAUCGCUCCAAAGACGGACAAUACUACAGCUCGAAUAAUGAGUAUCAUCUCAAGCGAAGCCGGCGUUGAUGCAAAUGACAUGGACCCAAACGACAGUUUCGCGAACUAUGGAAUUGACUCACUGUUAUCGCUAACAAUAAGUGGCCGAAUCCAGGAAGAAACAGGAACCGAAGUUCCAUCGUCCCUAUUCGCUGAAUACCCUACUCCGAACGACCUUCUUAACUUCCUUGGUGCUUCAAAUACGGUCUCUUCAGCAACAAGUGACAGUGUAUCUGGCCACGAAACUGGCAUCAUGACCGAAUCGGCUUCAAGUGACUCCAUCCUGGACACCAUUCGAUCGACCAUCGCAUCAGAGACAGGAGUCGCGAUCAGCGAUAUAAAACCAGCCACUCCGUUCACUGAUCUAGGUGUUGACUCACUGCUAGGUCUCACUAUCACCAGCACGCUUUCUGAAACCUUGGGAGUAGACAUCCCAUCCACGAUUCUCGCCGACUAUCCCAAUCUCUCGGAAGUUGGCAAGUCACUCGGUCUUGACAAAAGCACACCCCCACCACCACCAGCAAAACCUGUAUCUCCGUCCUCGGACGCCACAACAGGUCCCCAAUCAACCUCAGUUCUUCUCUGGGGCAACACAAAAACCGCAUCGAAGACAAUAUUCUUUUUCCCAGAUGGGUCUGGCUCCGCAACAUCUUACGCUCACCUUCCCAAAAUCCCCGACACAGCUGCCUACGGCCUCAAUUGUCCAUACAUGAAGACACCUCAUGACAUGAAUUGUUCCCUAGAAGAGCUCACUGCAAAGUACAUCCUGCAGAUCCGUCGACGCCAACCUACUGGGCCCUACUACCUCGCCGGAUGGUCUGCAGGCGGCAUAUGUGCGUACGAAGCCGCAAGACAACUAUCUGACGCAGGGGAGAGUACGGCUCGGUUGGUAUUAAUCGAUGCUCCGAAUCCAAUAGGGCUUGAGAAUCCUCCACAGCGAAUGUACGAUUUCUUUGAUGAAAUUGGUGUUUUCGGGGCGAAUGGAACUGCGCCGAGCUGGCUGCGUCCGCAUUUUGAUGCGUUCAUCCGGCUCCUGGACGCAUAUAAGAUUAGUCCAUUUAAUCUCACUGUCCGGACACAUCUUAUCUACGCAACCCUUGGAGUGUGUCAUGACGGUCCUAAAAUGGAGAUUCGACCAGACGAUCCCCGUGAGAUGGUCUGGUUGUUGAAUGACCGGAAAGAUUUCAGUGGUGAUGGGUGGGCUUCCCUUGUUGGCAGGCCAAACUUACAUAUAACGGUUCUGGAUGGGGUGAACCAUUUCUCAAUGAUGGAGAGGGGAGAGCAUAUGUCUGCUUUUGGGCAAUUUCUCCAACGUGCGAUGAAUUGA